AUAAACCUAGUAGGCCGACAAUCAAAUUCUCGUGUUAUGUCAUUGGACUAGGAAAGCGACACCAGCUUCAGAUUCAUUACACAUUCAGCCUCCGAACUGGACAGUCAUCUAAAUUCCAGUAUCCGAAACCCCAAAAUUCUAAAUUUACAGUUUAUUUGGCCUUCAGUAAAUCAGUAUUCCAAAAUUGUGUAAAACGUUUUAUAGAUUCAGUGCAAAAUGGUUUUCAACAUAAAAAUUGUCGGCGGACUGCUCUCUUCGACUUUCAAGUCUCAGGGAAUCUUGAAAAUAAGCAACCGAUUCGGAUCCGGGUGCGCUAAGAAGGGUGGGAAGGACCGAUGUCCCAAGGUCAACAAGAACUAUCCGUGCGGUAGGCCCGAGGCGGAGCCGGAAAUAAAGAAGUCAAAGCAGAAGGCGCUCAAAUCUAUGUGGCUUAACCCGUUCUGUGAUCCCGAGGACACCUACUGCCCGUUCAAUCCUAGAUUCGACGACAUUUACUAUGUGGAGUCGGACAAGGCGAAGCGCAAGUACUGGCAGACCUGGGUGGCUUGCCCUCCCAUCAACAUAAAGCCCAAGAAGAUCUGCUGCUAUGCCCAGGCGAAGCCAGCUCCGGUAAAGCGUCGCAAGCGCGCCGCCAGGCCAACUACUGCCUGCCCACAGCCCUGUCCGGACCCCCAACCAGGAUCUUGCCCCAAGAUUCCCCGACGCUGUCACAGGGAAGGCCGGGUACCAUCAAAGUGUCACAAAAAUCGUGCACCAGCGGACUGUGUCAAGCCUCUGACCCCAUAUCCUUCAUACUCGGAGUGCAAGAAGCGUAAACUUGAUCCCCUGCACCCGAAGGAGUGCGCUUGCACUGUCGUUCCUAUGUUGUGCGAGGUAUGGGCUAUGUACCGAAAGAAUGCCCUCGCCAGGAGCAAAAAAUCCAGCCAAUAAAAUCUUCUCAAUUUGGAGUACAACAUAGAUCCAGAAGCCGGGAGUGUCCUCAUUAUCUGUCGACUGAAAUAAAACAAAAUCCGGAGUGCGGUGUAAAAUUUUA